UCCUGCAGACAGGGGGAGAGCGCAAUCAUGAUGGAGCAGUCCUUGGCAGUCAUGGCGACGCGGUACUGCUGCACCUGCAGGGGCAGGAAAGAUCAGCUCCAGGUCACACAGGAAGCCUCUGCCCCCCACACAACCCUCCUUCCCAGUAGCCAAGUGCGGGAACUGCUUCCUGCCUCAGAACCCGAGGGUGGGAUUAGGAGCGUGGGCCACAACGAGCAGGGGCGUCAGGAGGUCGCCCUGUGAGGGCACCUGGGCCAGCCCUCAGCCCCACGGGGCUGCUCAGAGGCCGGCACCGCCCCCUGACCUCUCACAGCAAGCAGUGUGGGACCCCAACUCCAGACCCUGAAACGGAUGAUCCGUCUUCAGCAAGGUCCCCACAGUCGGCCUUUGGAAGGAAAGGCAGUAAGCCACCUGAGCCCCGCAUGUUGGCCACACUCAGAGUAUCGAGCGAGCAUCACUCGACACCUGCAAGAAGGGUGCACAGGGUGUUCGGCAAGGCAUCACUUAGAACAACAUUCCCUCCGGAACAUCACAGUCACCAGAGACAACUGCAGAUGGCCACCCUUCCACAGGCUGUGUGUGUGUUAACUCACUCCACCCUCACAGCAGCCCGACAGGGCAGCUCGGCCGGCGUCGCGCUUUACAGACAAGCAACAGACACAGACAUCACUUGUCCGUCGUCAUUGGCAGGGCAGGGACUCAAACCCGGUACGCUGGCUCUGACAUCUGCACUCUUCAACACAUGCUCCAAGCUAUGUGGGUCUGUCCAUACUGACCAGAGACAGCUCAACACACACCACACUGUCAGAGUUGACAUACGUAAAGCCGUGCACAUGCUCACAUGUGUGGCGCAGGCAGGGAGGGAGGUGAAGGACGCUCACAGCUGUCCCUCUACAGAGCGGAAUGUGAGGCACUCUCUCCCCUUCCGUCUUUGGACUUUCACAUCUGGUUUGGAUUGUUUUAGAUUGCAUAGCUCUCACGUUCACAAAAAUAAACAGCUGUUAAAAAAAAAAAGUAAUUGGGCCUCACAUGUCACUGGCCUCAAUAUUUCUACUGAUGACAGACCAUCAUCUCCUGUCUCCCUUUUAACUGCUCCCCUCAACUGCAUAUAACCUGGAGCAUAUGGCCUUUGAAAACAUCCAAGCUGCAGCUUCCAAAGGGCAGGACUGGGCGAGAGGGAGUGGGAAGAACCUCAAAGCACGGACUGAGCUCAGGCCCGCACACUGUUGUUGGGGCCUGAGAAAACCUUUCCCAGCAGAUGGAAAUGAGCAGCUCCUAUCCUUACGCUCUAUUCAGUUAGCCAGGAAAUCAGCUAUCUCCCAGAGUGCAGAAACACCCCAGUCCAAAAGAAUUACUAAAUAUAAGAAAGAAGCGUAAAACAUGUACUACAUCCUUAGUGUACUGCAAAAGCCUUUCUAAGAGGCAAAACCCAGAAGCCAUUAAGGUGUCUCAACAUUUGAAAAUGUAAAAUUGCCAGGCGCAGUGGCUCAAGCCUGUAAUCCCAGCAUUUUGAGAGGCCGAGGC